UCGGUGGAGACAGAGAGAGAGUGAGGAGGACUCGGAUCUCCAGUGCUAGUGGCUGCGGACCGCUGACUUUGAUCAGAGAGAGAGAGGGGGAAGAGAGGGGAGUGAAAUCGACGAGGGGCCAACUCCAUCCUGAUCAGAGACAGAAUAAAGAGAGACAGAGACAGAGAGGAGGCUUCGCCUUCAGUAGGAUUCUACAGCAGACAAUCCGCUCUCCAUCCCCUGUCUGUGAGUGUCACACCAUGGGCAGACUCCCAGUGCUCUGCCUCUGUCUCUGCCUCUUCAGCUCCAGCCUGUGUCACAUUGGAAUGACCUACCACACAUCCCGACAGACACAAGAUCUGGCAACGUUAACAGAUCUCGAAGGAUCAGGGUCAGAUGAUGAGGAUGAAAAUGUCUACUCUGGUUCUGGAGGAUCAGGCUACUUUGAGUUUGACACUGAGCUGCGGUUUACCACCAGCAUGGCCAGGCCGGUUACCUCUCCGCCAUCCACCACAUCCUUCGGCUCGCUUCAGCCGAUUGCCUUCACUUCCCUGGCGGGCGGCAGCACGGCCAGUUCACCCACACCGUCCGCCUCCACUCUCACCAGGGCAGCAACCUCGACAAUGGCGCCAGUCCCCAUCACCAUGCCAGCUGCUGCCUCCACCACAACUCUCCUGGCAACGACCACAAGCGCCUCGACAACCGCCAGCGCCAUCACCACCAGCACUGUCGCCAUGCCGACUGCCCGUACCAUCGCCAUUGUGCCACUCGCUACUGCAGCAGCAACCACAGUGCAGUCAAUCACAAGGAGUGCCACCAGAGUUAGUGAGGUGGCCAGACCAGCAUCGACAGCAGAUGUACACACAAGCCAAGCUUCAUUGGCAAGCUUCACAGAGAGCACUCAGAAAACCCUCUCACAUGUCCCUUACAUCACAGAGCACACACAGAAAGAUGACUCCAGUGAAAUAGUCAAAGUGACGACUGUCAACAAUGAGGUGGAGGCUCCUGCUGCAGGAGGUCCGAGUGGAGACUUUGAAAUCACCGAGGAAGGAGAAGUGAUCAAUCCAGAGGCAAAUAAUGAAGUGUUUGCUGUCGUCACACAACCAACCGGGAGGGGCACUGGGAAGAAAGGCCUCCCCAAUGACAUAGACAAUGCAAUAGAUUCGGGGAGCUCAUCUUCAGCUGCACAGUUACCCCAGAAAAACAUACUGGAGAGGAAAGAGGUGUUAGUAGCGGUUGUUGUCGGGGGGGUAGUUGGAGCACUCUUUGCUGCCUUCCUGGUCAUGCUGCUGAUCUAUCGAAUGAAAAAAAAGGACGAGGGAAGCUACACAUUGGAAGAGCCGAAGCAGGCGAGCAUAGCUUACCAAAAACCUGACAAACAGGAGGAGUUUUAUGCAUAAACAAAUCAAGAGUGCCUCUCUUUGCCUGGACUGUCAACAGAUCGUCUCUGAAAUAAAAAACAAAAAGAAUAAUGAUCCCAAAUGAUGUCGCUCGAUUAAAGUUCUGCUAAGUAGCAGAGUCAUGUUUUAA